AUGAACGCGUUAUCCACUGCGGCCAGAGCCGACACGGCCAACGAAGCAUCAUGGUCCAACAUCCCCACGAACCUGCUCCUGGCCGAGCUCAAGAGACGUAGUGACCAAGCCAACGGUGGCGUCCAACCGCAGAAACCAGAAUGUGGUUCCCGAGAUAGGGGCUGGUACGAUAUGCCAGCACAUGUGUUUGCCCUGUUCCUUAUCUUGAUCGUCAGCACCUUCAGCUGCGGAUUUCCCAUUAUAUCGAGACGGACGGCCAGCGGAGGCCGGCGAAAGAGCAUCAUAUUUUACUGUCAGCAUAUCGGGACCGGAGUUUUGCUUGCGACGGCAUUCGUGCAUCUACUUCCCAUGGCUUUCGACUCCUUGACCGAUCCUUGUUUACCAGACUUCUUCAUAAAAGGCUACAGGCCGUUGCCAGGAUUCAUUUCCCUGGUAGCUGCUAUUUUGGUUGUUGGCGUGGAGUCUUACCUCACUGCACGUGGCGCAGGCCACUCACACUCCCACCACGAGUACUGGGAGGAGGGUGAGGAAGGGGCUCAGGGGCCGCAAAUUCAGCUACAAGAAAGCACCGGGCUAUCGAGAAGCAGAGCUGGGAGCCAUCGUCCAGGGGACCUAUCGCUGGGUGAUAGCGAAGCACAAGGCCUUGUGGCUGGGGUAUCUCCGCUCCCGGAGUCUACGCCGACAGGACAGAAUGGCAACGCUGGGAAGCGCAAAACACACGUAGUGGACGACUCAAACGACGAAGACUCUGACUUGGAUCUGGAUAUGGAUGAAAUUGAUCCUGCGCCAAUUGGCGAGCGCCAAAACGGUCAAUAUGCGUCGCUCAAUCGACCUAGAUCAUCGGCACAGGACGACUUCAUGACUCCAAACCCUACGGCACCUAUGACCGCAGAAGAGCAACACAGACAGGUCCUGCAGUGUCUGCUUCUCGAGGCUGGCAUCCUCUUUCACAGUGUUUUCAUUGGAAUGGCCGUUUCAGUCGCCACCGGCCCUGCCUUCGUGGUCUUCUUGGUCGCUAUCAGCUUCCACCAAUGCUUCGAGGGACUCGCUCUUGGUAGCCGUAUCGCUGCUAUCCAAUUUCCGAAGAGAUCUAUCCGACCUUGGUUAAUGGUACUAGCAUACGGCCUCACAACACCUAUCGGCCAAGCAAUUGGACUAAUUGUCCACAAACUAUAUGAUCCUCAAAGCAUGGCCGGCUUGCUCGUUGUAGGCUUUAUGAAUGCUAUCUCAUCGGGAUUACUGCUCUAUGCCGGCCUAGUUCAACUGUUAGCAGAGGAUUUCUUGACCGAGAAGAGCUACAAGGUUCUCAAGGGAAGCAAGCGCUUGCGAGCAUAUCUGGCCGUAUGUUGCGGAGCUUUGAUGAUGGCCAUAGUGGGCGCAUUUGCAUAG